AUUUAUCUAAAAUCAUUUAAUAAUAGAUUUACUAUUACAUAUUUCAUAUAUUUGUGGGUCAAGCAGAGAGGAAUGUCUAUUUGCUACAUUUUGAUUUUUGAAGGACAUUAUUUCCAUGUGAUCAUUAGACGACCUAGAGAAAAGAAUGGCACAAACAUUAGUCCCCAACUUUCGGUGGACAGAAAUAUGAUCAAAUUUGUUUUUGACCAAAAUGUGACUGAGACCUUUCGUUUCUCCUUCGCACAUGAAGAACUUAUGCACCGUUGGAACAAAUUCCUCCGCAGAUGAAUAUCUUCGCCAUGAGAGAAGACCUCCCAGGCCGUCACCAUCGCCUCCGCAAACGGAUCCUCGCCACCGCUCUGGUUUUCACCGACUUCUGCUUCUUCUCAUUUCUUCUCCACCGCGCCUCCGCUGGUUGAUGUCUGAUGCCCGCACCUUCGUUGGUCGAUGGUCGAAGGGUUGCGCCUCUACUAACUUCUCUGUCGUCCAGAUGACCGCCGGUGCUGGAUCCGCUGCCUGGAUGGAUGGCGAUUGUGAAUUAGGGUUGUCGAUACCGGGUCUGCCGUACUGGAUGGAUUACGACUGCGAUUUGGGGAAGGGGCUAGGGUUCCAGGUGAUGGUGCGGCGGUUGGGGAGGGGGCUAGGGGCUAGGGUCUGGAAGGUGGGCUGAAUAGGUAGCUGGCCGCUGUGAAUGGUGUUGGGAUGGGUCUGGGGAGGGGAGGGGUUGGGCCUAGCUGUGAAGGGUGUUAGGGAUGGGGUUGUGAUAGGGGAGGGGAGGGGUUGGGGCUAGCUGUAUGUGAAGGAUUUUGGAAAUGGGGUUGUAACAGGGCAGACGUGGUCCUUGGAUUUGA